AUGCCGACUGACGGAGUCCUCAAACGGCAAAAGAAGAAGUCAAUUGCAUGCCGGCGCUGCCAUACCCAUAAGAUUAAAUGCUCUGGCGGACAGCCUUGCAAUAAGUGUCGGCAAGCCGGUUGUCCUGCCGAAUGUGUCUACGUGAACCGUGAUCGUCAGAUCAAGGUGCAUGAAAGCUACCUGGAUCAACUUGCUGCUGAGAAUGAACGUCUUCGUGAACAAUUGUCUCGUUCGCCGGGGUUUGGGAGCCCAGAUGAGAAUAGCCGUUCUGAAGACGCCCGCAAUCAUGAACCAGAUACACAUGUCCAGAACCCCAUGUUAGGUGAACGAGCAUGGUUCCAGCCAUACGACCCCUCAACACCGCCAGUACACAUCGGCGAAGCAGCCUGCACGGCCUUUGCCACGCGCCUUCGUCAAGUGCUCUCCAAAAGCAAGAAUACAUCUCACAUGCCGCGCACGCAGUACACGCCCGAGUCGACAUUAAUGAAGCUUCGCCAUCCAGCAAUUCAAUGGCCGAGUCUUGCUCAGGCUCGUCUUCUCAUUCAAAUCGUGUUCAACCAAGUCAGUCGGGUAUACCAUCUAGUUCUGCGCAAGUCGACCAUUGAUGAACUCGAGGAAGCUUAUCGGAAAGCUGACUUUGAUAAUCCCGUAUUGACGUGCAAGUUCUUUGCAUUGUUUGCGCUGGGAGAGGUAUACUCGACUCGGUCGAAUAUAUCGCUUGAAUGUGGUGUUCCUGGGGCGGCGUAUUACGUUCAUGCGAUGAUGCUUAUUCCUAUUUUGCCGGAAAGGCCAAGUUUGACUCAUAUUGAAUCACUUUUGCUGUUGUCCCUCUAUUCAUAUUUCCUUAACCGCCGCCAUUCUGCCUUCCUUCUCGUCGGCAGUGCUAUGCGUCUCGGUCUCACUCUUGGACUGAACCACGAUAUCCCCGAAUGCCAAUGCCCCGACCCCGUAGACCGGCAACAUCGAAUCCGUCUGUGGUGGGCGAUCUAUGUCUUUGACCGGAUGUACGGGUCCAAGGUGGGCUGGCCCAUCCAGAUCGCUGAUGACGAUAUUCACGUCGAGAUGCCUUCCACCGUUCCGGGCGAUGUCCAUGACGAGCAAUUCUCCGAUACACAAUUCUUGGUUGCUUCCAUUAAUCUGGCGCGUAUCACGGGACAAGUGAUUGAAAAAGUGUACAGUCGCAAGAAACAGUCCGACUCGUUUCUGCAGCGAGAGCAGAAACUGCUUAUCUCACUUAAGCAAUGGUCACAGGAGUUGCCCCCGCAUGUUCGAUUGAACCGUGAUGGGGCUGGUCCCAAGAAUGUGGUGUCGCUGCAUUUGCAAUUCAACCAGUGCAUCAUCUUGGCCACCCGACCUAUUCUGUUAUACACACUCAUCCAAUCUCGCGAUGCCGGCCAUGCAGACCAAAAUACCACGCAGACGCAUGUCCAGACGCUCAAAACGCUGAGUGACGCAUGCAUCCACGCUGCAAGGCACAACCACGCUCUGAUCGUGGCCGAGUGGACCAACGGCUCUCUUCCGAUUAUGGGCUAUUUCUACGCUCACUAUCUCUUCUCCGCGGCACUGAUCAUGGUCCUAUCCAGUCAGAUCCAAUCAGAGAAUCACAGCGACUACACAUUAUUCGAGACUGCCGUUGAAAUUCUCCGUGCCAUGCGCGACCACGGUAACCUCGCCGCGACCGAGUUCUACGAUAACCUCCAAUGCGUCCAACAAUGUCUCGACAAGAAUCAGCCCUGCAACCCGAAUCUAAGCGCGAAAGGGGGCUCAACCGCGCGAAACUCCUUGACGGGCGAGUCAAGUCGCGUUCCGAAUCAGCACCCAACUGAUGCGUUGCCCGUGCUUCCCGUCCAGGCUGCCCGACGAGCCAGUGAGGUGGGUCUUUCCGGAGGAUCGGCGUUGGCUGACACGAGUGGUGAUCUGGGUGGAUUUGGGAAUGAGAUGGUGUUUUUGGAUGAGAGCAUGGAACAGUUUUUGGCCCAGCCAGAUGUUGAUUUUGGGCCGUUGGAUCCGUCGGGUAUGCCGAUCAGCGUGGCGGAUGCGGUGUACUCGUGGCCGAAUUUCUCGCUGUGGACGGCAUGA